UUGAUUCCCUUCAGAAUGCAGUGUUAAAAAUGGCUACCAUCGCGAAAGAAGAUAUUAGCCACAUUUUGUCUAAUAUCAACAGAAAGUUCGAAGUUCAGUCCGUGAAAUGGGGGGAAGAUUCAAAAAUUUUUGACGCAAAAAUUCGAACCCAAAUACCAAGGGAUAAUGACGAUUUUAACGCAUUAUGCGACGAAUGGGUAGAUUUGUUUUCCCAAGUUACCAAUACCAUUUGGGCAAAAAAGACUUCAAAUACAGGACCGAAAAUAAGAUUCAGGAAGCUGUAUCAGUGUUGGACUGGUGAAGGAACAGUCAUCAAAAAAGAGUUAUUGUUUGACAGAACCAGAUGUAAAGGGAGUUUGGAUUUGAAAGUUUUAUCAGAUAAUACUCUGUCUAAAAGAAAAAGUAAACAUGUCAGAAAUGGGAUGAAUCUUGUUGUCAAGAUAACUUUCCAUCAUCUGCACCCUGUAGACACAUCCAAACCACAAGCCUUCUUCGUACACAACUGUUCUCCACAAGAAAAUGUUCCUAUAAGUCCAGUGCAGCCUAACGCAAGGCUUCAAGAGCUAGUAGCUUCCAUGGUGAACAAUGGCCCAGAGAUUUCCCGAAAAGCUGCUGAGAAGGCUGAGAAGAUAAUAGCCAAGCUCAACGAAAAUAACCAAUCAUCAAGCAACCCAUCGAACCAGCUGGUAGUGAAUUAUGAAGGAAAUAUUCAACAGCAGAAGAACGUAUGUCUAGAAGUUGUGGAAAGCAUGACUUUGGACCAGGUAGAAGCGAACAAACUUGAGUCUACGCUAACGAACCAACAUUUUACUCAAUACGUUAUAAAUACUUCUCCACACAUCGAUAUUACAGACCAUGUCUUGAUGUAUCAACCUUUUGUAUUAGAUGUCCCACAGAUCAUUUCUUUGACUAGUCCUACUCUGCCUACACAGUUUUUGCAAAUACAGCCUAAACCUGAUGUAAAAAAUCAGGGAGGGCAUGUUUUAUAAUUUAGAUCUUAAAAACAGUGCAAUAAGGGUUUUGUAGGGGGUGUAUUAGACAAGCAGAAAGAGGGGACUCACAGAUCUCAUUAUUAUCAAAAGUAGAUCAUUUGACAUCAAAAUCUUGAUAGGGUAAGUAAGGUUAGGUCUUCUUAUUACUAUAUUAUCAAUAUUUUUCUUUUCUAGCUCAAUUUUUGUAAUUCAUUUGUAGCAGAUUAUUUGUUUCAAGUAUUCUACCCUUACUGUAGAUUUUCUCCUUGUAUUAGGUCUUCUCUCUUUUCUUGUCUGAGUUUAAGCCAAUUUAAAUCAAAUUUUUAAUAUGAAUAGGCAAUUUUCUUUUUAAUAGAGCGUUAAGGUAUGCUUUAUACUGAGAAAAGGUUGAUGAAAAUACAAUCAGUGACUGAUUUUCGAUUCUGCUAAGCUAUACAAGAAAUAAGAGAGUGAUAAGAAGAUAGAAAGAGGGAAAAAAUAUUGUUAUAAGUGUUAUAUACCUAUCUGCAAGACAUUGGAAGUUGGAAAGACCUUGAAUAUCUUCUACCAUGGCAUGAGAAGCCUGUGAAGAUACAGCUCUUAGUUCUAGACAUGUAGAGGGACGUAAUCUGUGUUAUAUUUUAGAUCACAAAAGAGUGCAAUUAAGGCUGUUGUGUGAUGAGUACUAGACAGGAAGAAAGAGUAGACUCCCAGGAUAUCUCGUGGUUGAAUCUUAUGAUCAACAAUAUACAUAUUUUGCAUCAGAAUCUUGAUAGAUCAGGCUAUCUUCUAAUUAUUCUUCUAUUUUUUGUUUUUUCUCGAGUUAGCUCAGUUUUUUCCUAUUUUUUUUUGGUACUUUUGCUGGAUAUAUUUUACACAUACCCAUUUUUAUGAGUCUUAAGUGCAAUACGUUGGUAACGGAAUACUGGUUAUUUGUCAUUCCUUCCUUGUCGUACCUAGGUUGUUUCUCUUUACUUCAAUAGUUACAAUGACUAUUUGAUUUUUGAUUGUGUCAAGCUAUACAAGAAAUAAGAGAGUAAUCAGGAGAGAGAAAGAGAGAAAAGAUUGAGUAAUCUGUAAGACAUCAAAAGAUGAAAAGACCUAGAAGAUCUUCUAUCAUAGUUGUAAGAGGAUGAUGAAGGCACAGGUCUUAGUUCAAUCCAGAUAAAAAUGAAGUGUUAAAAGAUAUAGAAGAAAAACUUUUGUGUACAGUCGUACAGUAGACACAGGAAUACAGCGAAGAUGCAGGAUAUAUUUCUAGAUAAACAAACACGAAAAUGUUUAGAACUAACCAAGUUUUAAAGGUAGGUCUUGCAUAGUGGAUGGUAUAGUAUUUUCAGAACAACUUGGAAGUAUUAUGAUGUAGCUUUUUUAUUUGAUAAACAGAUUCAGUUUAUUUUGAAUAGAACUUUUAUAUUUAUUGUGGUGUUUAUAUAUAUAUAUAGUUUUAUAAUAAAAUUUAGUUGAA